AUGAGCGCGCACCGAGAGCCAUCCUGUUGCUAUAUAAGAUGCACCCCACGGCCAAAGAUCCAUCCAUCCACACUUCACGGCAUCCAUUCCAGAGCAACAGCAGGUUCAGUUUCAGUUUCCAUCUGGUUCGAGUGGUUUUUCGGUCGCUUGCCAAUGGCGGACAUAGCGAUGCUGGUGGCCGACGAGGCGUUCGAGAAGAGGCUGCAGCGAGGGGCGCCCUUCGCCGGCGCCGGCGAGGAGGCGUCCAAAGGACGGGAGAACUUCGGGGCCGUGGCCAAGGUGUGGGGCUCCUGGGCGUCGGGGGUCAAGGUGCGCGUCGCGCUGCUCGUCAAGGCCGACGUCGCCGAGCCGAAGACACCGGUCGCCAUGGCAGCCUUUGACGGCUUAUUCUCUGCUUAA